AUGUCUCUUAUUCUGAAAAGCACGCAAAUGCCAGGAGAAGUAACACAAUGCUCAGGGAAUGCCAUUGAAUCACUGUUCUGCUCCACCCGCACCUUCCCGGAUGUGGUAUACGAAGAGAGGGUUGUCCUGGGCUUGUUAAUCCGCGAGACGCCCUCCUGUCUUCGCUCUCCUGCUCCUCCCGCUCACCACGUCCCGGUCUUCAUCCACAAUGGCCACCGAGCCCCAGAGAAAGGCGGCGAGUCGCCCAUCUCGUCGUCGGUGGAACUCUUCCACCGCGCACAACAAGAGAUCCCGGAGUUCAUCAGCGAGCUUGCCGACAAGGGCAUCCUCAGCAGGGUCACAUACAAGCCCGAAGUACAGUACGCUGGCGGAUCCACGCUCAAGCAGGCGUUCGGCAAGGAGAUCCAAGACGGUGACGACGAGGCCACCAGGAAGGCCGAGAUUGAGGGCCAGAUCGCCCGCUACGGUCGCGGCAAGUAUACCACCUGGGAGUGGGCCGACGAUGGCAGCCUCAUCCUGACGCACCGGCUGCCGGCCAUCCGCACCCAGCCGGAGACCAACCUGCCCACGCUCUUCACGGGCCUGGCGGCUUACUACAAGGGUGUCAUCGCCAACCCCGACCACGGGCGCAAGAACGUCACCCAGCAGCUUUACGGUGACGGCACGCCCAUCCCGGAAAAGUACCUGGCUCACCUGGCCAAGAUCACCGACGAGAUCCGCGUCCUGCACAAAUGGCAGCGCGGCGAUAUCCUGGUCUACGACAACAUCAUCUCCCAGCACGGUCGACAGCCCUGGGAGGGGGAGCAGACCGACCGUGUAGUGUUGGCCACUCUCUUCGACGGACAGCUACCCGGCGCAUACGUGCCGCAAGAGUGGGCUCAUGUUGUGCAGGCUCUUGAAGGUUAG